UUUAGAUUAUGCGUUUGAAAUCGUUGAUUUUUAAGAAGAAAUAGGUCAACUAGCGAUGUAAACUGCGUUCGAGUGUGUAGCCUCAUUUCCAUGCUGAUCCGUGAGCUGGGCAAGAAAACAUUCCCUUAACUCGAAACGUGCUCCACAAUUUAACUUUGGUCAUGAGGUCUUUCUCUACAAGAAUCGGGUGUCAAAUAUUUUCUGUGGCGAUGGUUGAACGAAACUCCCAUUUUUCGGUUCCUGCUCCCUGACUAUAAAGCUCAGGACGAGCAAAAGCGACGUGAUUCCCAGGCACCAUGGAUAAUACAAAUGAGAUGACUGCAAUGAUAUCAAAAGAGUUGGAACCAAACUUUCAACGAAAGAACACUUGGUCCAAGUUCAUCUCCGGCUGGAUGAUUUUCAUGAUUAUUCCCGGAUUGGCUCCAGUUUCGCUUUGAUUCUCUAAAGCUCGGGAAUAGCAAAGGCGACGUGAUUCCCAAGCACCAUGGAUCAGGAGACAAAUGAAAUGACUUUAAUGAUAUCAAACCGUCAACGAAAGUGCGCUUUUUGCAAGUCCACCUUCAGCCGGAUGAUUUCCAUCAUUAUGUAUUUAUUGCUGUUACUGUCUGAAGUAGUGGUUAUUUUCGCUUUCAUUUAUCAUUUUGGAAAAACAAUAUCGCCCGUUUUCACCUCGAAGAGGUUAACAGCCACGAACAUAACAUCUAGCACCAAAAAUACCUCUCACAUAUUUCCAAUACAUCUUGUGCGCUACUUAGGUAUGACAGAAACUUACUCCACAUUGAUAAUGGCCCUGAAUUGUUUGGACACAGUGAGCUGUUGGAUCUUUCUCGGAGCAGUUUUCAAAUCUCCGCAUUUCACCGGCUUGUGCCCUCUGAUAAAAAAUCUUAUUCGUUUGCCGAGAUUUUGGACCUUAAUGUUUGUAUUCGUGCUCGUUGUCAUGGGAAAUGUUAUUGACAGCGCAAGUUCCUCACUCGUCACACCCGUUUACAAAUUUAGAACUAUGGUAGCAGUUUGCUUUACGUUCUCCCUGGAUGCAUUCUUUGUGACAAUGAUUCUUGGAGCUCUUAACGAAAUGAAAGUCCGCCAGAUGGCACCGGGACAAGUGCACUUAAUAUUUAAGGGGGCCCUGAUUGUCUUCUGCUUUCGAUUGCUUGUAUGUCUGAUUACUACAAUACUAUACUUAACUGUAGUCUUCUAUUUGAUUGCUGGAGUGAAGGAUAGCUAUUGGCGAAAGGGAGGCACGUUUAUAAACUGUGUAAGUACUUUUCUUUUCCUGCCAUUUUACAAGAAAGGAACUGAACUUGUGUGGACAAAAAUAUUUCGUGAUGACAAGUUUAUUAUAGGAAAAAUUAGAGGCCCUGAGAGACAAGACAGUGGUUUAGAUAGCGGAAUCUAGGCUGUUUGAAAAUUAUCAAUGACUUUCUCUUCAGCAGUCCGAAGAAGUAAUGGGUUCUGUAGCUCUACCUUUAGCAAUAAUACUGUCAUAACAUUUGAUUACUAAGCAAACCACUUACAUAUCUGUAAGCUACUGCAAGUGGGGAGUUCAUGUCUUAAAAUACCAACAACUUGGCUAGUAGAUAGACAGUGCAUCGCUAACUUUCCAUAAACAAAUUGCGAUAAAUCAAGUCGAAACUACUCGGCGGCAAUAGAAACUGCCAAAGGAUAACAAUUAAAACUGUCAUAAAUCAUUAACCGAGAGCAAUCGAUGAUUGCAUGUAUCUAUGGAUAUUAGUAUAGUGUGAUAUAAUUACUUUCAAAAGUAUUAGAAAACCAAGCGGAAAGAGUUAUAUUUCUUGUUAUGAGUGAUCAAUCUCCCAAUCUAAAAGUGUUUCAACUCCAAAAAUAUCCGCUCAGUACUCUAAAAUGAGCGUUUUCUACCAUGAUUUCCAAGUUCGAUUCUUUUUGCCUGCGCCUUUGACGUAAAAACAGGAAGCGGCCGCUCAAGAGUCUUGGGUCUAAGGUCAAUUUUUUCUCUAUUGAGAGUGGUGAUAAAUUAUUUGGAUAAACUGCUUAAUUUGGCAAUAGAUUAGAUUAGGCCAUCCCCACUCCUGCUGGGAGCAUAGGGCGUCGACCAUGGACCAUCAACGGACCCUGUUUUUGGCUGUUCCUUUUGCCUCUAGUCAGGUGUUGUUUAUGUUUCAAAUAUUUUUUUAAUAGUUGAAGAGAGUUCCGAAAAAAGUAGUUUC